GACCUGAAGCAAAGUCAGCUGGAUGGCCUUGAGCUGUUCCACUGUACAGGUGAAAUGGUUUGGCCCCCACUGACUUGGCUUGGAGUCACCACCACCACCAUGUCCGUGACUCUGCUCAGCCUGGCCAGGGUGUAAGGAGGAGCUAGAGACUUCUUUUAUAGCAAUGGACCUUUGAGAGAGCUCUGCUCACUUGGACUUUUGGGCUCUCUCUCUUUUUGGCUUGGCUUCAUAGAAGGAGAUCCAGGGUGGUAACAUUAAAUGGUAACUGCACUUCUCUUGGUCUAUGCACCCAUAAAAUUUUUCAAUCAUCCAGGAGGGAGGCAAUGCAAGAUUCUUCUACCAGCUUUCCAAGCGAGGACACUGAGGUUCAGAAACACCCAGUGGUUGUGUGUUGAGUAGUCGGGAAGAGCUCACGUCCCUGAUGCCCACAAAUGGCUGUUCCUGAUCACUCCAGCUCCCGAUGCUCGGCGACUCCCAGCUUCCCCUAGGGUGGCACUUCCGCUGGCUCUUCCUUCUGCUCCCAGUCACGAGUUGUCCCCAGGGCUCCUCCCCUUUGCCAGCUGAUUGGGCAGCUCCCGUCUUCUGAUUGGCUGUUCUUUUUGUGGCUCACCAACCCAACCGGAUAUAGAAGCAGGGUUUCCGCUUCCACCUUCUCCCUCUUCUCGCUCGUCCUCCGGUAGCAGCCGCCAGCACAGUGUCGGCUGCUGGGCGGGGUGUCGGCGGAUCGGUCGGUUGGUUUCGGCUUCGGCGUCUCUGCGGUUGAGUUGGGCUGUCAUGGCCGAGUUGGAUCCAUUCGGCGCUCCCGCCGGUGCGCCCGGUGGCCCCGCUCUAGGAAACGGGGUGGCGGGCGCCGGCGAAGAAGACCCGGCCGCGGCCUUCUUGGCGCAGCAAGAGAGUGAGAUUGCGGGCAUCGAGAACGAUGAGGCCUUCGCCAUCCUGGACGGCGGCGCCCCCGGGCCGCAGCCACACGGCGAGCCGCCGGGAGGUCCGGAUGCUGUUGACGGAGUGAUGAAUGGUGAAUACUACCAGGAGAGCAAUGGUCCAACAGACAGUUACGCAGCCAUUUCAGAAGUGGAUCGAUUGCAGUCAGAGCCUGAAAGUAUCCGUAAGUGGAGAGAAGAGCAGACAGAGCGCCUGGAAGCCCUCGAUGCCAAUUCUCGGAAGCAAGAAGCGGAGUGGAAAGAAAAGGCGAUAAAGGAGCUGGAAGAGUGGUAUGCGAGGCAGGACGAGCAGCUACAGAAGACAAAGGCAAACAACAGGGUGGCAGACGAAGCUUUCUACAAACAACCCUUCGCUGACCUGAUUGGUUAUGUCACAAACAUAAACCAUCCUUGCUACAGCCUAGAACAGGCAGCAGAAGAAGCCUUUGUAAACGACAUUGACGAGUCAUCCCCAGGCACUGAGUGGGAGCGGGUGGCCCGCCUGUGUGACUUUAACCCCAAGUCCAGCAAACAGGCCAAAGAUGUCUCUCGCAUGCGCUCAGUCCUCAUCUCCCUGAAGCAGGCCCCCCUGGUGCACUGAAGAGCCACCCUGUGGAAACACUACGUCUACAAUAUCUUAAUCCUACUCAGUGAAGCUGUUCACGUAAUUGGAUUAAUUAUGUUGAGUUCUUUUGGACCAAACCUUUUGUCUUUAGAGUUGAUCAUUGUUUGUGAUUGCAUGUUUCCUUCAACUGUGUUCUCCCUGGCAUUCAGAGACGAGAGAGGAAGAGGAAGGGAGAGGAGCUCCCGACAGUAGCCUCAACCUGUGCUUUUGUGCAUUAUUCUGAGAAUAAAUUUCUGUUUCAAACAAUGUA